CAUGUAAACACAGAUGUUAAAUGAAAUUUUUUUUAUAUAUUUUUGUUAUCUCAAGUUUUUUUUUCAACUUCGUUUUAUUUACAUUACCUCGCGGCCCCCUCUUUCGCUCGCUCACUUCCCAUUUCUGAAUUUCUCAGUCACUUUCAGGUAUCUGAAGAAUCAGCAAAAUGGUUUCCUUUGAAAUGAACGAUCGAAAAAAAAUUGGGCUUGGAUUAACGGGAUUUGGCAUAUUUUUCUCAUUUCUGGGAAUUAUCUUCUUUUUCGACAAGGGAUUGCUUGCCAUGGGAAAUAUCCUUUUCAUAUCAGGAGUGACCUUAACCAUUGGUCUGAAGUCCACCAUGCAAUUUUUUAUGAAACCUCAAAAUUUUAAGGGAACAAUUUCUUUUGGUGUUGGCUUCUUUUUUGUUGUUGUUGGAUGGCCCAUAUUUGGCAUGAUAUUGGAGACAUAUGGAUUCGUUGUACUCUUCAGUGGUUUUUGGCCAACACUGGCAGUGUUUCUGCAGAGGAUACCAAUUCUUGGUUGGCUAUUCCAGCAACCAUACGUCAGAUCGUUAUUGGAUCGGUAUAGGGGCAGGAGGGUGCCUGUCUAACCAUGCCAUAUAUCAGAGAAUUGGAAAUAGUGGGGGUUCUUAUGAACAAAUAGGCACAAGUCAAAGCGAUGGAAUGAAUGGUGUGAAUUAUAUAAAAAAAAGUCUAUGCAAAGUGGUGAAACAUGCUUUCAUGAAAUGAUGUUAUGUAGUACUACGCCAAAUCUGAUAAUCAAUUUUUUGAUUCUUGAAGAA